UGUUUUUUUUUUUUUUAAGUGUCUGGGCAAGUUUGGUCCUCUGAGAUGUGGAGAGAUGUAUGCCUUGGACAGACUGCUGAGAGAGGCUCGUGUCCUCGAAAUCAUCCGACGUGUCACCAAAGAAAACCCACAGAAAAUCAGACCAGCUACUGAAGUUAUCCCGGCGCUAGGUCUGUGUCUGGGUGCUGUGUCGCUAUGGCAAGAAUGUGUGGGACAGGGUAGCAUGUACAGCGUCUCUGCUGAAAGGUUCCUGAAUACACUGUCGACAAUCUACGCUGGUUUACUGCCUGAAAGGGCCGAAGCAGUGUUCUUGUGCCUGGUUGAGCGUGUACUGGAUCAGAGGUUACCACGACGAGGAAGCAGCAGGGACAACAUGAUGGUGACGUUGUUCCAGCUGUGGAGCUACUUGGACUCGAAUGCUGUCAGUGAUAUGGACACACACAUCAUUGAACUGGCAAAAGAGG